AUACGAGGUGCGUUGGAAAACUCGUCGAGAAAAACAUUGCGACCUUUUUGUGACUAACUGUACGUGGAACUGUGACUUUUUGAUACUCCUUUCUUACUAGACGCUCUCUCGAGCGUAUUUAUCUGAUUUAUCCCGUUGACGUAGCCGAGCAAGCGACGACCGCGCUUCUGCGUCACCGCAUCAUUCGUGUUCGUGACUCGCACUUCGAGGUGUUGCUUCGAGGCGUCGCGCUGUUGUGCGAUCGGCGGUAAACGGUUUCCCCCCUAUUGUGAAUUGUUGGAUACCUGCUGCGAAAGAAUGAGUAUUCUCGCGUACAACGGUGGUGCUGUGAUAGCCAUGAAGGGUAAGGAGUGCGUGGCUAUAGCGGCGGAUCGCAGGUUCGGCAUACAAGCGCAGACGAUCAUGUGCGACUUCCAGAAGAUCUACGAGAUGGGACCGCAUCUGUACGUCAGUCUGCCCGGACUAGCCAGCGACACCCAGACUGUCAUGGAGAGGCUACGCUUCCGCUUAAAUCUUUACGAACUGAAGGAGAACAGGAAGAUCCAUCCGAAGACCUUCACCGCGAUGAUCUCGAAUCUCCUCUACGAGAGGAGAUUUGGCCCGUACUUUGUAGAGCCCAUCGUGGCUGGCUUGGAUCCGGUGACGUUCGAACCGUUCAUCUGUAACAUGGAUCUGAUCGGAUCCAGGAACAUCGCCGAGGACUUUGUCGUAGGCGGCACGUGUACCGAGCAGCUUUACGGUAUGUGCGAGUCGCUUUACGAACCGAACUUGGGGCCAGAGGAUCUCUUCGAAACCGUCAGCCAGGCUUUGGUCAAUGCGUUCGACAGAGACGCGAUAUCUGGAUGGGGCGCUGUUGUCCAUAUUAUAGAGAAGGAUAAGGUGACAAAAAGAACCAUCAAGACGCGAAUGGAUUAAAUGCAAUUUACUUUUUAUAUCGAUACGUCAUGAAACUUUUUCAAUUAUUGUUGUAAUUAAGGCUAAUAAAAUAAUAAGUCUAAUAAAGUAAUUUAUCGUGA